AUGGCGGACUGUGAUGAGUGUCGUCGCCUGCAGCAGCAGGAUCAGCAGCAGGAGCAGCCGUUCCCUUUCGUGCGACGGCGUCUGUGGCGGCGAUUGCUUACAGCUUCGAGUCAACACACAGCACAACAUGGACGAACAGCAGAGGACUUUCGAUAUGACUACAGCCUGGAUCCGUAUCGAUUGAAGAAGGACAUCAGGCACUGUUUCAAGGAGUUGAGUGUGGAUGAUGGACUGCGGGCCUUCCUGAGGCAGUGUUACGAGCGCCACGCACGGCUGUUUCCGUUCUUCGUGGAUCUUUUCUCCUUUCACAUCCUGCGCAUCUUCAUGAGCCCAACCACAACAAACGCGCUCUGCUUUCGAGGUGGCAUGUAUGUCUUGUCCAAGGAGCAGCUGCGAUUGCUAUUGGACCUGGAUCCAACGACACAGCUCGAUCGCCUUCUUGAUAUCGGAGCGGGCGACGGCGGCGUCACCGCAGAGUUGGCCCCCUUAUUCCAGCACGUUGAUGUGACAGAAACAAACCGAAUGAUGCGGUGGCGCCUGGCCCAGUAUCCAGAUUGGACGUGCCACGAUGAACAGACUUGGAAGGAUACCCCAUACCGCUUCGAUGUCAUCACCUGCUUCAACGUCCUCGACAGGUGCGAGCUGCCGUGGACGUUGUUGCAAGACAUGCGAGACAAGCUGACGCCAAACGGGCAUCUCGUCGUCGCUCUUGUUCUCCCCUAUUCCCCGUACAUCGAUGACCAUGGCCCACGCGGUAGGCGGCCAAGGGAACAGCUGCAGCUGUUUGGCGCAUGUUAUGAGGAUUACAUCAACGCAUUUCACCACUUUGUUGCACAGCCCCUCGGCAUGGAAAUCACGGCCAUUGCGCGUGCGCCGUACAUGUGCGAGGGCGACAUGUACAAGCCGUUCUAUCUUCUUCACGACUUUAUCAUCGUCCUGCGGCGCAAGCACGGGUGAAGAGGGGAGGGAGAAACCCUGCCGACAUACAUGUUAGCAGCGGUGGUGAUUCGUGUGUGUGUGUGUGUGUGUGUGUGUGUGUGUGUGUGUGUGUGUGUGUGUGUGUGUGUGUGUGUUUUGCAUUCAAGGCGACAGGUGUAACCAAAAUUUCAUGUGCACGGUGAACAUGACGUCCUGCCAGCCAGCAUGCACCCGCUCCGAGUUUACACGCACGCACAACCAAAUGGCGUACUGUGUAAUGCAAACGUAACAACCACACAAGCGGAAUGAUUCCCGACACCCAUCCACGCGCUCUCGACAACAACACAACGCAACAAAGCAACAGGAAGA